AUGGACAAGGGGCCGUCUCCGAUGUUUCAUCUGGGCAUGACUGGGAGCUUUCGCAUCAAGGGCAAGAAAGCCCUCGUCUACGUAAGGCAGAAGGAGGAGGAUCCCAAUAGCUGGCCACCAAAGUUCUGGAAGGUGGAGCUGCAAAUGGCCGAUGGCACCUGCUUCGCGAUGACCGACGCUCGUCGCUUCGGUCGGAUUCGGCUCUGCAAGGAGCCAUGGGAGUGCCCGCCUGUAUGUCACAUGGGUUUCGAUCCGCUGCUCGCCAUGCCGAGGCUGGCUUGCUUCGCCGAGCAGCUGCAGGGGAGAAGUGCCGACAUCAAGGCAGUGCUUCUGGAUCAGGGUUUUGCGGCCGGGGUCGGCAAUUGGGUUGCUGACGAGGUGUUGUACCAGGCGGCAAUUCACCCACAGGAGCGCUGCUCCGACUUGACACCAGCUUCCGUCGCCAAGUUGCACCGCAGCCUUCGCCUGGUGAUUUCCGUGGCCUGCAAGGCCGGAGCAGACGCGAAGAGGUAUCCAAGGACAUGGCUUUUCCACUUUCGCUGGGCAAAGGGCUCGAGCCAAGCGGUGGAUGGCAAGGGUCGUGAGAUCAAGUUUGUCACUUCCGGUGGACGGACAUCCGCCUAUGCCCAUGCCCCGUGA